UUUCAGCCAAAAUCAUGCAUAUAUCAUCGAAAAUCACAUUUAUCUUCGUGCUCAUCUACUUUUCAUGGAAUUUUUACAUACAAAACGGGUUUACUAAUAAAGCAAUCGUAAAAGAGGAACUAAGGCUCUUGAAAGAAAUGGAUGAAGCUGGGUCUCGGCUGGAAAAAUUGUUGAAAGUUGAGAAAGAGCACAUGGAAAGGCUCUCGGAGACCAUGAAUAGAGCAACGAGACUGAGAAUUACUCCAAACUCCAAUAACCCGAACAACUGGCCCCACCCGAUUCCUGUAAUAGUAUUCUCGUGUAACCGCCCGGAUUCUGUUCGAGCCCAUGUUGAAAAGCUUAUAAUGUACCGCCCGAGUGCUCAGCAAUUCCCAAUCACUGUAUCACAAGACUGCGACAAUGAAAGCGUGAAGAAAGAAGUGGAAAAGUUCGGAAACUCCGUGAAUUAUGUGAAGCAUCCUCCAGGAGAAAGUGUGAAAAUUGAGAUUCCGACGAAUUUGCAGAAAUUUAAACCGUAUUAUUAUAUUUCAAGACAUUACAAGCUGGCGUUGAAUCAUAUUUUUUCGAAUUCCAAUAACUAUUCAUCAGUUAUUAUUACAGAAGAUGACCUAGAUAUUGCUCCGGAUUUCUUCUCGUAUUUCUCAAAUACUCGAUAUCUUUUGGAAAAAGAUCCAUCUUUAUGGUGUGUCACCGCGUGGAAUGAUAAUGGAAAACCAGAAAACAUUGAUCUGAAAUCCAACGCGACAUUAUACAGAAGUGACUUUUUUGCCGGAUUGGGUUGGAUGAUGACACGAAAAACAUGGGAAGAACUGGAGCCAAUUUGGCCGAAUGGAUUCUGGGAUGAUUGGAUGAGAGAGCCAGUUCAGAGGAAACAACGACAAUGUAUUAGGCCUGAAAUUAGUAGAACUGGGAUGAUGAAAUAUGGAAAGGAGGGCACCAGCAAAGGCCAAUUCUUCAGUGAUCAUCUGGAAAAGAUCAAAGUCAACGAUUUGCCGGUUGAUUUCUCGCAAAUUAAUCUCGAUUAUUUGCAAAAAAACGAAUUCGAAUCGAGACUGAGCCUGGAUAUCCGAAAUGCUGUUCCCGUCGAUAUUGACGAUAUAACUUAUCCAGAUUGGAAGCCAGAUUAUGAAGGAAUGAAAGCAAUAAUCUACUACACUGGAAGAACGGAUUUCGUGGCAAAAGCCGAUCGGCUGAGUUUGAUGCACGAUUUUAAGGCUGGAGUCCCUCGAACUGCGUACAAUGGAAUUGUGACGUGCUUCUACAAGGGAACCAGAAUAUUUUUAGUUCCGGAUCGAUCGAAAGUUCCUGGUUAUGAUUCUUCUUGGUGAUCUCUUGGAUUUUACCCUAUUUAUUUUUAUUAAUUUGUUGCUUUUUUAACCUCGUUUUAAUAUGAAUAAAUUCUAUAGUUUC